CUCACCGCGACCGGAGCAUCACAGCAAAUAGAACGACCAGUGUAUCCCUAAUGCUCUAGCCGCUGAGUGUGUUUGUGGUGUGUCUUUGCGGUGCAUUCGUUGUUACGCUGAAGUUUGGCGUGUUCGUAUUGUGCGAGUGGUAGCCAUGCAGAAUCCCGAUAGUUAUACGCUGACCGACGCGCUGGCCAAUGUCAAUGGUCUGGAAGACACGACACUUCCGGAUAAUCAGCCAUGCAUCGAAGGCAUGCAGACGUCCAUUACUUAUCAAUGCAAUUUUGGAACGAAUUUCGAAGACAGAGGUGCCUUCAUCACGGGACAGGCGAAAUACAUUGAAGAAGCAACAGUCCAUGCGAGUCUGAAUGAGCUCUUAGAGCAAGGCCAUGAACAUGCCGUAACUUUAUACACUUGGAGAUGCUGCUCGCGAGCCAUUCCGCAGCCCAAGUCAAACGAGCAGCCAGAUCGCGGGGAAAUUUAUGAAAAAACGGUGGAAGUGUUGCAGCCAGAAGUUACGAAACUGCUCAGCCUGAUGUAUUUUCAGCAAACUGCCAUCGAACGAUUCUGCGGGGAAGUGAAACGUCUGUGCCAUGCUGAGAAAAGAAAGGAUUUCGUGUCUGAAGCAUACCUGCUGACACUGGGGAAGUUAAUUAACAUGUUCGCCGUGCUUGAUGAGUUGAAAAACAUGAAAUCAAGCGUGAAGAAUGAUUAUUCAACCUAUAGAAGAGCCGCGCAGUUUCUUAAAGUUAUGCAAGAUUCCCAAGCCCUGCAAGAAUCGCAGAAUUUAUCCAUGUUUCUCGCCACGCAAAAUCGUAUCCGUCUGUCGUUGAAGGAAAAUCUCGAAAAAAUUGAAGGCUACGAUGAGUUACUGAUGGAUAUUAUCAAUAUUUGUCUGUAUAUGUACGAAGCGAAGAUGUAUCUUUUUCCAAGUGAGAAACACAUGCUGGUGAAGGUUAUGGGGUUCGGCCUGUACCUCAUUGAUGGACCACAAGCGAAUAUAUACAAACUGGACCAAAAGAAGCGUCUUAAUCUCAGCAAAUUCGAUAGAAUUUUUAAAAAUUUGGAAGUGGUCCCGCUGUUCGGCGAUAUGCAGAUUGCGCCUUUUCAGUAUUUGGGAUCGAAACACCCAAGUGGAACUACGAAUUUCGAUGCGUCAAAAUGGCCGUUAUCUUCUAGCACAAAUCCUGGCCCCCAAUGCAACUUCCUGGAAGCUAUUCCGCAGAUCAGGGAAGCGCAUCUGGGCUUUGUCAGCGAAUUGGCCAGGCAUCGAAAUCAGUUUAGUGUUUUUCAACCUGAAGCGGAUCGCACGGAUGUUGAAAAUCGCGAGAUGACAGACUUGGCACUGCGCGGCCUCCAGUUAAUUUCCACAUGGACUGCCCAUGUUGUCGAAUUGUAUUCAUGGAAACUUCUUCAUCCCACUGAUCCUCAUCAAAAUAAGGACUGCCCGGCUGAAUCGGAAGAAUACGAACGGGCUACUCGGUACAAUUACUCCAUGGACGAAAAAUUCGCACUGAUCGAGGUCAUCUCGAUGAUCAAAAGUUUACAAAUGUUAAUGGGCAAAAUGGAAGUGAUCUUCAGCGAGGCUAUUCGUCGCAACGUUUAUGCCGAACUGCAGGAUUUCGUGCAAGUUACGCUGCGUGAACCGCUGCGAAAGACGGUGAAACAUAAAAAAGAUGUCGUGAAAACGAUCAUCACUUCCGUCCGAGAAACUUGUGCUGACUGGGUUAACGGUUACGAGCCGCAGGACGACCCUGCAGCCAAGGGCAAGAAGGAUUCUGAUGGAAAGUUUACGGACAUAAAAGUUGCAAAGCGAGCGAUUCCACCGUCGAGCACACAGUUGUACAUGGUACGUACAAUGCUCGAGUCGUUGAUUUCGGAUAAAAGCAGCGGAAAGCGAACACUUCGCAAGGAUAUCGAAGGGCCAUAUCUUAUGGCGAUUGAUGCAUUUCAUAAACAGUCCUUUUUCUGGCCGUACUUGUUGAACUUCAAUGAAUCGUUGCACGAGGUUGCGGCGGAUCUAUCGCAGUUAUGGUACAGAGAGUUUUAUCUUGAAAUGACAAUGGGGAAGCGUAUUCAGUUUCCAAUUGAGAUGUCAGUGCCGUGGAUUUUGACCGAGCAUAUAUUGAAAACCAAAGAUCCUUCUGCGAUGGAAUGCCUUCUGUACCCGAUGGACCUGUACAACGACUCAGCGCAAUAUGCUUUGACGAAAUUUAAGAAGCAGUUCCUGUACGAUGAAGUGGAAGCGGAAGUGAAUUUAUGUUUUGAUCAGUUUGUUUACAAACUCAGCGAGCAGAUAUUCGCUUAUUACAAACAUCUUGCCAGCAGCAUCUUUUUGGAUAAACGCUUUCGCACGGAGUUGGCUGCAGACGGACCAAAGAUACUUUCCCUGGAUUUUCCCAUGGCCAAUCGAUACGAGACACUCAUGCGCCAACGUCAUAUCCAGUUGCUUGGUAGAUGGAUUGACCUUAACCAUCUUGUUACGCAGCGCAUCAACGUGGCCAUGUUAAAAUCGCUGGACGUUGCUUUGGCACGGUUCGAGAGUGGUGACAUCACCGGCAUUGUAGAAAUGGACGCGUUGUUGGAAGUCAACCGACUGACCCACAAAUUUCUCAGCGAAUUUUUAGCGCUAGAUGAUUUCGACGAUAUGUUACGGGAAGCAAAUCACAACAUCAGUGCUCCGUACGGGCGUAUUACCCUGCACGUAUUCUGGGAACUGAUCUAUGAUUUUCUCCCCAACCACUGUUACAAUGCUGCAACUAACCGAUUUGUCAAGACAAAACAUCUUUCCUUUUCCACACAACAGUUUGAACGGGAAAAGCCGCCGCAAUUGCCAAAUGCCUACGUAUGGGGAGCCAAAACUCUUAUGGUAGCAUAUACCAACGUCUUUAGGCGGUAUCAGGGAUUUUUUGGGCCGCAGCAUUGUCGAAUUAUUGCUCGGUAUUUAGGAUAUCAGGGCAUAGCAUUGAUAAUUGAUGAACUGCUGAAGAUCGUCCUUGGCUUGUUGAACGGAUCGCUGACGCAGUAUUUCAAUGUGCUGAUGAAAGUUAUGCCAAGAAGUUGCAAACUUCACCGAUACGAUUAUACGUCACCCGGCAUCUUGAACUACUACUACGAGCAGUUGCAAGAUAUUAUCAAGUAUCCAGAACUGCGAACGGAAAUGUUCCAGAGCUUCCGACAAGUCGGCAAUGUUGUCCUUUUUUGUUUGAUGAUGGAACAGAGUUUGAGUCAAGAGGAAAUCUCGGAUUUGUUGUACGCUGAUCCAUUUCAGAAAAGUUUGCCUCGGCCAUUCUGUAAACCGGAUGAAAAAUUGGAACACAAGAUCAAACGCUUGGAACAGAAGUAUGCUCCAUUGCAUAUUGUGUCCAACAUUGAAAAACUGGGGAAUCAAAAGCAAGCAUUUUUGGUGCGCGAAGGGGAUUUGCUGACGAAGGAGCGUCUUUGUUGCGGGCUAUCCAUUUUCGAAACGGUUUUGCAUCGCAUCAAGGCCAUGCUGGAUGAUCCCCUUUGGUAUGGAGAUAAACCGUCGAACGGGGUGAUGAAUAUCGAUGAAUGCACGGAAUUCCAUCGGUUAUGGAGCGCCAUUCAGUUUGUUUUUUGCAUUCCGGUUGGCGAUAACGAAUAUACAAUUGAGCAGCUUUUUGGAGAAGGACUUAACUGGGCCGGCUGCACCAUGAUAGCUCUGCUUGGGCAGCAGCUACGUUUUGAAGCACUGGACUUCUGUUAUCACGUUCUCCGGGUGCAGAAAGUGGACGAAAAGGAAAUAACCACCAAAGGAAUUUCGUUGAAAAAAUUCGUGGAUCGUAUCCGCCGUUUCCAGAUCCUAAACAGCCAGAUUUUCGGAAUGCUUAACAAAUACCUGCGAUCGGGUGAAAACAGCUACAUGGCACCAGAUUCUGUGGUCGUUUUCCAGCCACCGGCCUUUGCGGCCAAUGGAAACAGUGUACACAUGCAUUAUCAUCGACCAGGAGACCUUAAACGGGAUGGUUAGGGAGAAGCGUCGGGGUGGGCGUGAAUUAUUUGUCCUAGAAUCCUGCACCGGUUUUCUGCUGUAAGGAGUUUGUUUGUGGUUUGCUUUUUAUACUUUUAGCUUAUUUUACUUGUUGCUUGAUGUUGCGAAGGUUUCAUGUUGCACCGAGAUGUCGGUGACGUCUUCUAAUUAAACAACAAGAAUUACACCAGUCU